AGUCAAGUCCGCUGUGCAUGUCGGUGUUGCUUGUGUGGCCGUUCUUUUGGCAGAGAGAGCGCUUUCUGAGUGCUUGAGCGAGGCGAAUACCGGCCGGGCACGACAAUUGACGGGUUGGUGAAAACAGGAUGAGCACGCCUCGUCUCCACGACGCGAUGUGUUCCACGUGGCGCCGGCUCUUGUUGCUGGCCUUGAUGGCCCUGCUCGUUGUCAACAACGUUGCUGCUGCCCCGGCCGAUCCCGUGAAAUGGACCAGCUGCCCAGAUACGCCCUUCACCGUCCAGUAUCAGGCCCCCACAUCCCCAGACGCCAUCCCCACCCUCACCGUCACCCCAUCCAUGUCCAUCGAUGUUCGCGAGGGUGAAACCAUGCCCCAGGACCCCAUCAUGUUUGCUCUCAUGGUAACGGGCAAGGACAAGGCGCACGAGUAUCUGGCGCGCAAGUCCAUGGCCUCGUUUGCGGCGCAGACGAUGCGGCACAAGGUGAUGGUGGUGAUCAACGACUCGCCCGACUACAGCUUGGUGGGACCGCCCUCUGACUGGCUGGCGGCGACGCUUCCAAACAUGCCGGAGAGCGAGGUAUCUGCGGCGUGUGUUGUGGAGAUUCGAGUGGAGCCACGGAAGUUUACGCUGGGGGAGCUACGGAACAUUGGGAUCAACGCGGUACCGGUGCAGGGGACCUGGGUCCAAUGGGACGACGAUGACUGGCACGAGCGACAAUACAUGCGUCUAAAGUAUGACUACAUGCGGGUGCGCAAAGCCGAUGCCAUUACCUUGCGGUCGCAGAUUCGCCUCUUUCUGGAAAAGAACAGCAGCUUUGCCUUUUCAUCGCGCUCACCAACGGGCAUCGAGGGUACGAUCAUGGUGCACAAGUCUGCAGCGAUUGCCCUCAUUCAAUAUGGGGCUGCUAGUCGAUCGGAGGACACGUAUUACAUCAACAACCUCAAGCGCCAAGGUUUUAAUAUGGUCGUGUGGGAAAAUAAUCCCUUCUGGCUCUACUUUCGCCUGUACCACGGCAUUAACACAUGGGAUGCCAAGCACUACCAGAUUGACAAGCUACCAAGCAACAAUGCCUGGUGCUCCGACGUCCAAACCCGUGCGUUUGGUUGUACCGAAGCCCUGUCCAACGAGCUUCAUGCCGUUGUCAUGGACAAGUAUAAGGAUGCUGCCCAUGCCAUCCAGGCGAGCGGCGUCAAGUAAAACGCCCUUGGCUCCCGAAUCGAAUUCAGCACG